UCCUCUGAAGAAGAGUGACGCCUGAUACAUUCUGGGCUCAGUGGCUAUAUGCCGUCGCUCGCCAGCAAAGUCGGUUAUACCUAAUCUAAUAGCUAUAUAUUCAUUCAUUUUUCCCUGCGUGGGCCCAGUGUGACCGACUGCGGAUUUGGUUUGGUUUAUACCUGUGUCACCUGGCUUCCGUUCCCGUUGUGCUGCGAGGUCUCGCGUACGCCUUAAUAUUACUCAGGUUGUCCUUGUCCUGCGUUUUCAGAACUCUUUCUAGCUAGCUUGCUAGCUAAACACUCGGAUAACAUCAUAGCUGUUUAGCUACUGGAUAGCUAUAUAGCAGGCUAUAGCUAUAAGAAGAUGACAACCACUGCCGGCGGAGAGUUUGGUAACCCCCUGCGCAAAUUCAAGCUUGUUUUCCUGGGCGAGCAAAGCGUGGGGAAGACCUCGCUCAUCACUAGGUUUAUGUAUGACAGCUUUGACAAUACAUAUCAGGCAACUAUUGGCAUAGAUUUUCUGUCGAAAACCAUGUAUUUGGAGGAUCGUACGGUGCGGCUCCAGCUGUGGGACACUGCGGGGCAGGAGCGCUUCCGUAGCCUCAUUCCCAGCUACAUCCGUGAUUCCACCAUUGCUGUGGUGGUCUAUGAUAUAACCAACCUCAACUCCUUCCAGCAAACCUCAAAAUGGAUUGAUGAUGUCAGAACAGAGAGAGGAAGUGAUGUCAUAAUCAUGCUAGUUGGAAACAAAACAGACUUGGCUGAUAAAAGGGAGGUCACACUAGAGGCUGCUGAGAGGAAAUCUCAGGAACUUGGUGUGAUGCACAUUGAGACCAGUGCCAAGACUGGACAUAACAUCAAACAGCUGUUCCGCCGAGUCGCUGCAGCCCUGCCUGGCAUGGAUAGCACGCCUGAGAAAAGCAAAGAGGACAUGAUUGACAUAAAACUAGAGAAGCCUCCGGAACAGCCCGUCACUGAGAGCAGCUGCUCCUGCUAGUGCCUGUCCCCGUUAUUCAUAUCCAACAGCUCGUCUCUCAGUGGCCACCUGCACCAACCACGUAAAAAAAACGCCAUUCCCUUCGAUUCAGUGACUUUUUGGAGUAACCUUGUGGAUGUGCUGUUACUUAAGACAAAAAAAGUAAAGUAAAAAAAAAAAGAUAAA